UUGGACUUCGGUUAGUCAUUCUGUUUGGAGGGUGGUGUGUUAACUUUGUUUUGUUUACAUUAUUUUAUAGACAAUUUUAUUCCUGUAUUCCCGAAUUUAACAUUUUCAAAACCUUGUAAUAUAACGUGUGUUGUGUAUUGCUGUGAUAUUUAUUGAUAAAACAUAAUCUCUGACUGUGACAUGAUUUAAAUACGAAAAAGUUUUUUUUCUUGUGAUUAUUUUCGUUUUUUAACAAAAUUUGUGUAUCUUAAAACGUUUCAAGGUGUUUGGUGCGACAAAAUCUGCACUUAACGACGAUGGUCCCCAUUGGCUGACAAUGACGCCGCGAUGACGCGAUAUCGUCUCUGAUUGGAGGGCGGUAGCGUCACGCGACCGACAGCGGCUGCUAUUGGCGCAAAAUGUCAGGGCUGCCGAAUAGAGGUGAUGAUGCGAUCAAUGGAGUCGAUGUUCGGGAACAAGGCAGCGCUUUGAGGGUGGCCACCAACACCCCCCAUUUGGUGAGCCUCGGCACCGGCCGCCUCAGCACUGCAGUUACGCUACAUCCCAUCAAACAAGGUCGCGUCACCAUCGGCUCCGACCCGACAUGCGACAUCUACGUGGUGGGUACCGGAGUGGCGAACGUGCACUGCAGGGUGGAGAACUCGCACGGCGUGGUCACCUUGUACCCCAUCAGUGGGACUACCCUGCUGGACGGGCUGCCUGUUGACAAGCCCACGAGGCUCUCGCAAGGUAGCAUGCUCACUAUCGGCCGUUCGAACUACCUCCGCUUCAACCACCCUGAGGAGGCGAAGCUGAUGAAGUCGGUGCUGCCAUCGGGACACGUGUCGAUGGCCCCCAUACAGUUCCAGCCGAACGAGCAGUGUGUACCCACGGGCUACGUUAACCACAAUACCGACCCAAGCAACCAAUGUUACCAGAAUGCCAACGCACAGAAACUAUACAAAGAUAACUCCUUAACGCAACUCGACCACGAACUGGAUAUGACGCUAAAGGAAAUGUCCAGGAAAAAACCGCCCGUAGCGCCCAGGAAACCCUAUAGAGAUCUUGACGCGUCAGACUCGAAUUCCGACCAGGAAACCAGACCUAAAAUGGGCAACAUCAUGGCUAAAGUCUCAAAGUUCGAAUAUUACGCGAAGCAGCAAAAAAAUGUCGGCAGAAGUCAGUUCUACACGUCGAACGAAAUUGAAAUAUCACCGAAAGUGUUCAGUGCGAACUCCCUGACAGUUAACACUCCGGCGAAAGACGUUUUCGGCAAUCGUAACAUACCAAAUUACAUGAGUAAGAGACAAGACCAAAAAAUGAUUGUACUCAGCGAAAAUAAUCUCGAUCCGAAGAACUGUUACGCCAACGUAGCGCUAAGACACAAUAACAGGACGAAAAUCGACGAUAUAGUUAGAAAUUUCGAUGACACUACACGAAAUGACACGAAGCUGCCUAAAAAGGUCAAUAACGAUCAGCAAAGUCGCCCCGAUAACAAUAUAUACGGUAAAAUUAAUGUAGACCGUAAAGACAAGAACGACUGCAAGGAGAGCAAGAAUAAAUUGGACAGCAAGAAUGAUAGCAAGAAUUUGAAUGUCGAUCUGAGUGACUACGGUCGGAUAUGCGGUGUUGGUAAAGUCGUGUGUUUGUCUUCGCCGUCCUAUGAUAGGAACCCUCAGUAUUCACCCGUGUACGCGAACUGCUACGAUAGGAGUGUUGAAGCUGAAUCGAAGAGGAUCAAGGCCUACCAGGAUAGAAUAAAAGAGGAGGAGCAAAAAGAAGCGGAAACAGCGCGCCUAGAAGAAAUCCUGAAUAUGUGCGCAGAAUACGAACGGCAGAUAUCAUCAGGUAUACCCAUCACCCCGACUGAGAAGAGGCCUCACAAUAAGAUCAUCACGAACGGCUCUCUGCCGCGCAGUGUGACCUUGAACAAUCCCAACUUCAUACAGACCAGCGAUGGUUACUAUAAGUUUGAAACUAGUCAUAGCAGAAACUCGCCUAUAAGCCAGUCUUUGCCCAUACAAAGGAAUCUAUCGAGCUACGAAAAUUUCGAAACCUCGCAAUCUCCUAAACCCGAGCCCGUUACACCGGAAGUGUCUAUCACAGAUAAUAAUUACGAAAAUAUGGGCAGGAUGGACGAGAUAGGCAUACCAGUAUUCGACGAAGUAACACGGAAUGUUGAUUUAUCUAGUCCCUUAAUGAUAAGAAAGUUACAGAAUCAGUCUUCACCCGUUGGUAGUCCGUACGAGAAUGUUUAUUUUAAAAAUAACGCAGGCUUCAAACCGAAAUCACCGAACACCCAAAGUCCUAGGACAAGAAUAAAGACUUCAUUCGCCCACAAAAAUCUGCCGUCUCCACAGUAUUUCAUAUUCCCGACUCCGCCAAUCGACAAUCGAAUGAAACCGUUUAAUACCGACACCGAUAACGAUAUGUUCAACGAUACAAAUAUAAAUAUGCCAGGUCAUAGUAUAAAUAUACCAGGUAAUAGUUCUAAGCAAGUGAAUUGUGGCGGUAUCGAAAAACAGUUGAGUCUAGAAGAGGAAAUACCGAUGAUCGAUGAUGCAGAUUUGACGAAUGAUAUCGAGUUCCGAUACUCGAAAGUUAUCGAUAAAAAUGACGAAGCGGAACAAAGUUCUACAGAAAUUGACAAGGGUGUAAACGAUAUCGAUGUCAGAUAUGCGAACAGCAUCGAUGAGAAUAAUUCGAAUGGUGUCACAGAUAAUAAUGACCCGGAAAUGUCACUGACUAAGAACAUAAGUUUUGAUGACGUCAAAAACGAAUUAAUGGCCGAUAUACCUGAAUUAGAGGAAUUCGAGAAUGAAUUAAAACAGAAUAAAAGAGAGAAAAUAAUAAGGAAUAUAACAGCAGAUAUAAAGAGAAUGGAUUUAGAAGAUGUCUCAAUAAGUAGUACAGUUUUAGAUGAAACGGUCGACGAAUUGAAGUCUAAAUAUGAAAAUUUGAAAGAGGAGAGGCGGAAAUUGGUCACUCAAAUACACGAAAUUAAAUGUAAGAUGACAGAAAUAAGAUCACAAGAAGACGACAUUUUAAGAGAUUUGGAAAUGGAAAAAGCACUUAUCAAAGGUGAAUAUGACUCCGAGAUAGCGAUACUGAAUAUAGAACAGAAGAAGAAAGCGGAACUUGUGGAUUCAGCGAAGAAGAUAGAAGAAGAGAUCAGGCAGUUGAAAGAGAAACAGGAGACAAGGCAGAAUGAGAUGAAGGAUCGAGUUGAGAUUGCUACGUUAAAGGUUGAGAGAAUCGAAAAAGACCUGAAAGGAAAUAAAGCAACAUUAGAAGAAUUACAAAAUGCUCAAGAUAUCUUGGACAACGAAACAAAAAUCUCUGAAGACCUCGAAUUUCAACAUUUGGAAGAAGAAUCUGAGCUAUUGGCCAACAGGGAAGAUUUACAAAAUGAAAUAAUUCUACUAUCCAAAAAGAUUGAGGCACAGAAGACCAGAAUUCUCACACUCAAAUCUGAAGCAAAUAACAAUUUAACAUCAGCUUUAGAAGAAACCAAAGUUUUGCAGGCAGAGUACGUGAAGUUAUUAAAUCAAGUCGAGCAUCUGACUGGCAAAGUACAAAUAAUUGAGAAGGAAUUAAAACCUGUUGUUGCUAAAUUGAAUGAUAUGGAAAGAACGCAAUCGCCCGACAGUGCGUUUUAUACCGAUCAAACCAGAGCCAAAUCAGGAGAGUUUGGGUAUUCACCCCAAACCUCAGAUAGCGAUGAUAUAGACGUUUCGAAAAUAUCUAAUUUCGAAGAUCACACCAAGAUAUUAAAAGAUAAAUUCAAUUCAAUAGACCAAAUGUCUCAAUCCAUGAUAGUUGAUAUCGAACGGCGAGUCACAUCAGAUAUGGACGAUCCGAUCGAAGUUGAUAGCAGCCCAUCAAAAUCCUCAAGUUCUUCCAAAGAAAAGAAAGGUUUCUGGGAAAGAAAUUUCGAUUCGUUAAAACGCAAGAGUAAAGACAAGAAGAAAACUGAAAAAGUAGACAUAAUGUCGCAGAGUUUAAACGAAAAUAUCUUUUAUAACGACAAUAUAGAAGUAGACGUAUCGCUUGACAAAUUCAACAGUUUGCGCAACUCCAAAAAGAAAGAUAAAAAGGAAAACGGACCUGUCAAAAGCAACUCGUCAUCUAAAAUACCAACCUUCGCCGCAUUGGGGAAAAUUAUUAAAAAAGAUUCGCUGAAAAGAAAAGAGAUAAAUGCACAAAAGGAAAGAGAAAAGGAAACGAACAAACAGGUCCAAAACGAAGAAACCGCAGAACAGAAUAACGUUAAAAUACGUUACGUUAAAAAUUUCAAACCAAUUGUAACCGAAAACAAGUACAUCAAGUCGAAAUCUUUAUCACCCGAUAAAAUAUCGAAUGAACCGAUAAAAGAAGAAGAGGAUCACGAAAGCGGUACUGUAGAUAGCGUAUUUAAGAAAACUGAUAAAAAUGCAAAGAUUUUGCAUCGUAAAAGCUGUGGGGACGAGCCCAACGUAAGAACCGAUUUCCACAGGAUCACCGAUUCAGGGAAGAUUCCUUCGCAAGAUGACAUAGAUAGGAUAUCUAAGGUCACGAUGGACGCGCCUAUUUUGUCGAGCGACACAGAUGUUAAUUCCUUGGGGAAACGCACUUUGGACAGCUUAAUGGAGAUCGAAAGAAAGCGGAUGGAAAUGUUGGAGGAGAAAGGUUGCCAAAUGAUAGAAAACGAGAGAGAGAAAAUAUCCGAACUGAAGAGGCGGGUCCAAGACGAGACCAAAAAACUGUGGGACCAACGCAGCAGGGAGAUGAAAGCGGAAAGCCAAGUGUCAAACAACCUGUCAAACAUGUCAAACAACCUGUCAAACAUGUCAAGCGAUUAUGACAGCGAGGAUAGAUUCGGAAGCGGCCUCGAAGAUAUCAGCUUUGAUGAUCCAUUCAAUCUGACCAAUUCAACGAUUUAUGAAGAGAGCUCAGGGCUUGUGUCAUCUUCAAUAGAAGAGCUGCAAGUACGCAAUUCCCGCACAGAGUCCACCGAAGACGACAAGCGAAGCGAUGACAGCCGCCCACUCAGCCACGCGUCUGACUUCAGUCGGGAAAAUAUAUUAUCGGGCAAUGCGCCUCGCAGAUCCCGCCGCGGCAUCGCGAACGAAUGGCAGCGGCCACUCACACGCUACUUGCCCGUCGACCGCGACGACUUCGACCUACGCCGGCACGUCGAGUCCGCUGGGCAUCAGAUCGAGCUGUGCCCCUACGUGAUGGUGAACUCAACUUCGUGUCGUGGAUAUCUUCACAAGCUGGGCGCCAAGUUCCACACUUGGUCUAAAAGAUGGUUCGUAUUCGACCGAGAAACUAAAACGUUCGUCUACUACUGGGAUAAGAGUGAGAAGAAACCGCGCGGCGGCGCUUACUUCCAGGUAAUAGAGGAAGUUUAUUUAGACCACGGCAACACUUCAAAGUCGCCGAAUCCUCAAACAACGUUCAUAGUUAAAACUAGACAACGACGGUACUAUCUCAUGGCCCCGUCCGGGGAGGCGGCUAGAAUAUGGAUAGACGUUAUAUUCACCGGUGCACAGGGAUACACGGAAUAUUUAGAGUGAAUAUUAAUAAUAUAAUAUUCAUGAAGUUAUAUUGGAUUAUGAAUGUGAUUACAUUCUGCGUAAUGUAUCAUUUUUAAGUCAUUUAUGAAUAUUACUAAUAUUCUAUUCUGAUUGUUGAAUGUUAUGAAUAUAAUAACGCCUACAGAUUUUUCUCAUGUUGAUUAUAAUGAAUUUACUAUUAUUAAAGCAUGUUCUAAAUAUAAGUAAUAUUCGUAAAUGUUAGAUUCGUAUUGAAUUAUGGGUAUAAUAGUGCCUACUGACUUUUCUGAGGGUUUAUUAACGGAUUUGAUAUGUGCUAAAUAUUUAAAGUUCGAGUGAGAGUAAAAUCUUUGUAAAGUUGGGAGUGAUUAUGCUAAAUAUUUUGAGAGUUGAAUUACAUUAUAAAGUAGUUCCUGAUAGAUAGGUGUGAAUUAUAGAAAGAACAUUAUUCUGAAGAUAAUAUUGGUCAUAUAUUAUGAAAGUGAUAUUCCAUUCUGAACUGAAUAUUCUAAAUGUGAAUAUUGCGUAUUAUUGUGAUCGUGAUUAUACGUUUAUAAUAUUCAUAAUAUUUACUAUAUUGAGUUAUAGUGAACGGUUUUGAGAGACUUAUAUUGAUUGCUAUAAAAUAUAGGUACAAAAUACGAACGACAUAGGAAUUAAGUAUAUUUACAUACAUGUAUAGUAUCAUACGAUAUUUUAUUUAUAUUUUAUGGGAUCCGCAAAAAAAUGUGGACUUCACAUAUAUAUGAUAUCGAUAAUAAUUAUAUAAACAUAUUAUAUACUCUACUAGCUUUCUCGAUGUAGAUCUAAAUUUUAUUUUUUGCGGGUGCCUUAUUAUUUUUGUAUUCAUAAAAUAGUACAUUUUUUAUACCGUAGUAUUAUACACCCAUGUUAUGCCAUGUAUAUCUAUCAUGUUAUCAAAUAAUAAAUAUUGCUAUGAAAUCGAUUUCUAAACGAUUUUAAUAAAAUAUUAUUCCUAUCAAAGUGCUUAUGCUUAAAAGUAACCAAACAGUAUUUAUAUGAGAAUAAAAUGUAUAGACAAUAAAAUAUAAACUAUCUGUGCCAAUUAUUAAUUAUAUAAUAUAUACUACGGCCGCUAUUUUUAUACAUUUAUCGGUUAAUAUCGGUGCCUUGUAGAAGACUGAUUAAUUUCAGAGGAAUUACCAUUAUUGAAGUAAAUAUUUAAAAAAUGUAUCGUUCAUAUUAUUAGAAAGUCAAUUUGAAAUAUUUUUCAUAUUUAUAAAAAUUAAAAAAAAAACAAUUAUUAUAACAAGUAAUAUUGCGUUAAAUUGUGCACGCUUAUUAAAUUAGUAAUAACAAUGUUACCAUAAUUAAAAAUAAAAUCAAUGGGCAACUUUUACAUUGUCUAUAGAAUCGAAUAAAAUCAGAAACGUAUGUUAUGGCUACAAUAUGAAGUAUCAUAAUUUCAGGUACAGUUAGUUAGGCAGUUACUUUAAUUUUUAUUAUACUGUUGUAAAUAUUAUAUGUUCAUUUUACAUCGCUUCGUUGCAUUUUAAAUAUUUGUUUAAAUAGGAAAAUCAUCUCACUAGUAGAUCAAUAUUUGCAACUGUACCUACCCUAUUUAGUACUAACUUAAACCCAGUUUAAUUUUAUAUACAUAGAUUAUUAAUAUUAUUUCUUAUUGCAUUUACAUUUUGCAUACAUUAUAUAACAUAACUUUUAAGUACAAAAAUCGUAAUUUCUAUUACGAUAACUUAAUACCAGUGUAGAAACACAUUUGUAUUUUUAAGGCUUGCAAAACUAUUUUAUCUUUUUUUAAGUAAUGGCUGAUACCAAUAUUUUAGUGUAAGGUCACAGUAUCUAAACGAAUCUAAUAAUAAAUAAUUAAUUGCAUCCUUGAAAUAAAAUAUUCCUUUUA